AAGCCCUUCCUCAGGCAAUGGGGAGGGCACCCCGAACUGCGAGGUCCCCUCCGCCGCCACAGUCGUCCCUCAACCUCGGAACUGGCGGCCUCCUUCCGGAACCGGUCCGGCCCUGAGCUCCAGUCGUCUGGUUCCUUGGGAACAUGAUCCACAGUCUGUUCCUCAUAAACUGUUCCGGUGACAUCUUCCUAGAGAAGCAUUGGAAGAGUGUCGUGAGCCAGUCUGUCUGUGACUAUUUCUUUGAAGCCCAGGAGAAAGCUGCUGAUGUGGAAAAUGUGCCACCUGUCAUCUCAACACCUCACCACUACCUCAUCAGCAUCUAUAGAGACAAACUCUUCUUUGUAUCCGUCAUACAGACAGAAGUGCCACCACUCUUUGUCAUCGAAUUUCUGCAUCGAGUCGCAGACACUUUUCAGGACUACUUUGGGGAGUGUUCAGAGGCUGCGAUUAAGGAUAAUGUGGUCAUAGUAUAUGAACUCUUGGAAGAAAUGUUAGAUAAUGGAUUUCCCCUGGCAACUGAAUCUAACAUCUUGAAAGAACUGAUUAAACCACCAACAAUUCUGCGCUCUGUUGUCAAUUCUAUUACAGGCAGUAGUAAUGUUGGAGACACACUCCCCACUGGCCAGCUUUCCAACAUCCCAUGGCGUCGUGCAGGUGUGAAAUACACAAACAAUGAAGCUUAUUUUGAUGUCAUUGAAGAAAUAGAUGCAAUUAUAGACAAAUCAGGUUCCACAGUCUUUGCAGAAAUUCAAGGUGUCAUUGAUGCUUGCAUUAAGCUUUCCGGAAUGCCUGAUCUUUCCCUUUCUUUCAUGAACCCAAGGCUUCUAGAUGAUGUCAGCUUCCACCCCUGCAUUCGUUUCAAACGCUGGGAGUCAGAAAGAGUCCUGUCAUUUAUUCCUCCAGAUGGAAACUUCCGACUCAUUUCCUACCGUGUCAGCUCACAAAAUUUAGUGGCAAUUCCAGUGUAUGUGAAACAUAGCAUCAGCUUUAAGGAGAACAGCUCUUGUGGCAGAUUCGAUAUUACAAUUGGACCAAAGCAAAACAUGGGAAAAACAAUUGAAGGAAUCACAGUGACUGUUCACAUGCCCAAAGUUGUAUUGAAUAUGAACCUAACUCCAACACAAGGCAGCUACACGUUUGAUCCAGUCACCAAGGUCUUAACAUGGGAUGUUGGGAAAAUUACCCCCCAGAAGCUCCCAAGUCUUAAAGGAUUGGUGAAUUUACAGUCUGGAGCCCCCAAACCGGAAGAAAACCCAAGCCUCAACAUUCAGUUCAAGAUUCAGCAACUUGCUAUUUCAGGCUUGAAAGUCAAUCGCCUUGAUAUGUAUGGAGAGAAAUAUAAGCCAUUUAAAGGAGUCAAAUAUAUCACAAAAGCUGGGAAGUUCCAAGUGAGGACAUGAGAAGAGUCCAUUAGUUCCACAAGAUCAGUAUCAGUUUUCCAAGUGUCAUUACAAUCUGCUGCUUAGUGACUUCGGUUGCUGUUAGGUACCAAGUGGGUGGGAAAUAUUCAUUAUUUACAACAUUUAUGUAGAACGUCUUCUCUCAAAAAGGUAGCUUAGUGGUUGGAAUAGAUUUCUUAAAACAGCUUUAAGCUAAGGAACUCUUUUCUGAUGACUUAGCUUAUUUUUAAACUUGUGAUUAAGGAAUGUUUCAGAGCCAACAAACAAAUCGUGCUUGUUUCCACAGGCACAUAAUGGUUUGGACACUAUACUCAGCAAAGCCAGGCAAGUGGUCAUUCUCAGACCUCUCUGUCCUCUGGUCCUGAUCUUGACCUGCAAGAGGCAUGGAAAUCCCUGGGCACUAGCCAGACUCUGUGGUCAUGUGAUAGCUGUAGCCAAAUGUUAUUCUCACUGAUCUUGAUGGUCCCAAAUCAGUCUCCUCCCACCCUCCCCAAACAGUUUACAGCAGACUGCCUCUUCAAGUGUUUGCCUUACUCAGCUUUUCACUUGUGCCAUUAAGCAAGCAUGGUAGCAAAGGCCCUUCCCAUAUAACCUUGAUGGGGAGCAUUGCUUCAUUUUCAUAAUACUGGGUUUUGUAUUUUUAUAAAGGAAAUUUUUAUGUGUAGCUCAGAUUUACUUUGAUUUACAGGGACACCUUGCUGCAGUAAAUGCCACCUAAAUUAUGGGCCACAGAUUUAGCUUUUAGCACAGUAGAAAUCAUUUGUAUCAGAGGGGACAAAUGCUUUAAUGAAAAUACAGGGGAACACUCCAUAAAGCAAGCACAAGAUUUGGAGCUUCUGUGCAAAUGAAUAGCUAAAGAUUAAAUAGCAACAGAAUCCAAAUCCUUAACAGAGGUCUCUUAAUAUUUCCUAAGUCUUAGCAGAAUGGCCCUUUUGCCAGUUAUCCUUGAAUGCCUCGUGUCCACAGAAAACCAUGUCCACAACAUCACGUUCUUUCAUGAAAAUAGAGGUUAGACUACUUCAUUAUAUUUAUUUAGCAUGUUUUGCUGAGAUUAAAAGUCAUUUUGUAAUAACAGACAUGAGUGAUGUGAUUGACAUCUCGGGCUGCUAAAGCCCAAGUUGAGUUUUGUCCAACUAGGGUUUGAAAGAUAUGACCAUGGAGGUUUUGUUUGAUUAAAUGUGAAAGAAUAAAGAUAUUUGGGGAGGCUAAGGGCUCCUUGAUUGUUUUUCACAUGUUGCCAAUCAAACUAUAUAAUCAAAACACCUCACUUCAGAUUCUUUCCUCUCUCAGCCCCAACUGUUUCCUAACCCUGUCAGUCAGUACUUUUUAAUAGUACUUUUAUCACUCAAAAUCUAAAGAUCAGAGUUGGCUCCAACCUGACUAAUAACCCAAAAGGAGAUAAGACUAUUAGAAAAGGGAUGGCACAUAGAUACUAGUUCAAACUUAAUGUGUCUUUAGAUUUCAUUUAAAUUUCUAGGGUAAUCCCAAUACUGCCAAACCUUACUUAUCUGCUUGCUGUGUUACCUCAGUUCAAUUGUCUCUGAGCUUUUCUGCCCAGUGAGCCUUCAACCUUCUGUACUCUUUCUAUCCCUUGUCAGAGUUCCACAACUGGGCUCCUUUAUUCCAUUAGAAUCCUUAAUUUCAACAUUUCCAUGUACUGUUAACUGGAAUUGGGCAUUUUUCUUCCUGCAACAUCUUUUGCAUAGAAGCCCAUGGUAUGCAAGUAGUUUUCCUUCCUUCUAGAAAUUCCUUCUGCUAAGCUUUCCCCAAUGAACUCUUUUGCUUUAUUCAAUAAUUAUAUUAUUUAGUAGAAUUAGAUAAACUUCAGGUGGGGGAUCUGAUUCCUAUGUAUCUUGCCAACACUGGCUGCACUAUUAAAGAGAUAAAAGCAAUGA